GGAGGAGGAGACCCUGUGGACGACCCAGGACACACUGGAGAGACUACAUCCUUCGGCUGGCCUGGGAAUGCCUCGGAAUCCCCCCGGAUGGGCAGGAUGAAGUGGCUGGGGAGAGGGAAGUCUGGGUGUCCCUGCUAAAGCUACUGACCCCGCGACCCGACCUCGGAUAAGCGGUAGAAAAUGGAUGGAUGGAUGGAUGUAUUCUGUUUUUAUUAAUGUUUAACACAACGUCCCAACUUCAUUGGAAUUGGGCUUGUACAUGGAUGGUGAUGAAACAACAGCACAAAUGGUCUAUUUCAUCCUGAGGGCAGCACAGUGCAUGGUGGUUAGCAUGUCUGCCUCACAGUUCUGAAGUUCGGGGUUCAAUCUGGGCUCUGAUUUUCCUGUGUGAAGUUUGCAUGUUUUCCCCAUACUUACGUGAGUUUUAUCCGGGUACUCUGGCUUCCUCACACAUUCCAAAACACACGGGUUAGGUUCACUGAAGACUAAAUUGUAAAAAGAUGUGAGUGCGAAUGCUUGUUUGUCUAUGUGUGCCCUGCGAUUUACUUGCGAUCCACCCAGGGGGUACCCCGCCUCUCUCCCAAAGACAGCUAUGAAAGGGUCCAGCUCACCCGUGACCCAGAUGAGGAUAAUUGCUAAGCGGUAUAGAAAAUUGAUGGAUGGAUUUUAUCCUGCUCAAUGUCAGGGGACAGACAUGCGCUAAUCCCGUCUGAUUUAGGGGGAGAAGUGGACUAUUCCCGGAGUGGUUGCCAGUCUGUUCCCGGGCAAUUGUGAAUGGGCCAUUGAGUGGGAACUGAUUCCACACCAGGUUCAUUGACUACUCUAAAUUGCCCGUAGGUGUGAAUGUGAGUGCGAAUGGUUGUUUGUUUGUAUGUGCCCUGCGAUUGGCUGGCAACCAGUUCAGGGUGUACACCGCCUCCUGCCCGAUGUUGGCUGGGAUGGGCUCCAGCGCGCCCGCGACCCUUGUGAGAAGAAGCGGCUCAGAAAAUGGAUGGAUGAAUGGAUGAUUCCACACCAAGUGAGCUAUAUGAGCCACCAAACUACAGAAUGAAUGGGUUGGCUGGAUGCAUCGACAAACUCAUGAGGGGGGAUGGGUACUGAAGGUGAAGGGAGUAGAUUGACUGAUGAAUUGUUGGAUGACGUGCAUGCCCAAAUCAGUGGUCUGAUGGGUAGCUGGUUACAUGUCUGACUUGGUAGGUGGGUGGGCUUUCUGUCAGCUGCAGGUGCUCUUACAAACACUGGGCUUUUACAUGCCAGUGUCAAGAGAUCUCAUUUUUAUUCCUGGAGCCUGUUAUGUUCCAGCUAGCCUAUAAAUGGCCACAAAAAUAAUUCAUUUCAUUGUUAAUGGGAGAGUGGAACGGGCAGAGUUUGGAGCAGACUGCACAGCUGAAGAUGUCAAAGACCUGUUUCGAGCGGCAGCAGAGGCGUCUCCUCAUCACAUCCUAAAGCUGUACAAAGCAAAUGGCAGCGUGGUGAAAAUCUCGCCCAUGCUGGAGCCCAACAGCCACGACUCUUACUACCGGCUGGAGGUGGUGGCGUCUGACUUCCAGAGUAUUACCAUGCCAACUGAUGUGGACAACAUGGAGCACAGGCUAUGUCACCUGGAGACCAAAGUCCUGGAAGAGGCAGGGAAAACUCCAGAAAUCAUCAGAGACCUAAAGAGUCAAAUGGAGUCUUUCAAGCGCAAGCUUGAGAGUGUCAAGCAUCUGAGCUGGAUGGGUCUGUUCAAGGAUGACAGCACCCAGCAGCUUCCCAAGUUCCCACCUAAAGCUAAAGGGCCUCAGUUGAACAUGGAAGAGGAGCACCAGCAGGUCCGCACGAAGUUCUUCAACAUGAGCUCGCUGCAGGUAACAGAAGACGUGAUAGAGCAUCUGAAAACUCCCAUUUUUGACAACUGGCAGUGGGAGGCGCCAGAGAUGCUGGUUCUCCUCCAAGUGAUGUUCACCGACCUGGACUUCCUGACAGUGUUCCACGUCGAGGUGGACGUCCUCCAGAACUUCCUAUUUGAGGUCUACCGCCACUACAACAACAUCCCCUUCCAUAACUUCCAGCACUGCUUCUGCGUCACCCAGAUGAUGUACGGGCUUAUAUGGCUGACAGACCUCAGGAGAAAACUGGGUAUGAUGGACCUUCUGAUCAUGCUGACCUCCGCUCUAUGUCAUGACCUUGAUCACCCCGGCUACAACAAUGUCUACCAGAUCAACGCUCAGACUGACCUGGCUCUUCGUUACAAUGACAUCUCUCCAUUGGAGAACCACCACUGUGCAGUUGCGUUUGGCAUCCUCGCCAAGGAGGAGUCCAACAUCCUCAAACAUCUGACCACAGAGCAGUACAAACACAUGCGAGCAGGAAUCAUCAAGUGCAUUCUGGCCACCGACAUGGCGAGACACAAUGAAAUCCUCAACAAGUUCAAGACCAUCCAGCCUGUGUUUGACUUCAGAAACAAGGAUCACAAGGAAGUGCUCAUGAAGAUCAUGUUGAAGGUGAGCGACAUCUCCAACGAGGCCAGACCAAUGGCAGUGGCCGAGCCCUGGCUGGACUGUCUCCUGCAGGAGUUUUUUAACCAGAGUGACACAGAAAAACUCAAAGGGCUUCCAGUGACUCCAUUCAUGGACCGCGACAAAGUGUCCAAGCCGUCCUCCCAGACCAGUUUCAUUCGCUUUGUCCUGAUGCCACUCUUCACAGAACUUACAAAGCUCUUUCCCUGUCUGGAGGUAAACCAUUUUUUUAUGAAGUCACAUGUUCCAAUGACAACCUGUGGCCAUGUUAAGCGUUUUUGUACAUUGCAACACAGCAACAUAUUCUGGAGCCAGUGAGGCGAGCCCUGGAGUACUACUCGGACCUGGAGAGAGCCACCCAGCAGGGGGAGGCGGCCAGCAAACCCUGAUGAGAAAGACGUCAAAACCAAAAAUGUUUUAGCUACGGUGGCUGGGAAGUGCAAAACAAUAUAACAAAUUGUGAGACACUUUUACAUUUCAGAAAACAAAUGAACAAAAACCGAAAAGAAUAUACAUUUCAGAUAAUACAUUAAUAUAACAUGUACCAUAUCGCAGUUGAGAUUCCCACAUGUAUAUAUAAAUAUAUAUAUAUUCUUUUCAUGCAUUUUUAAAAAACAUUUAACAGAUAUUACAAGAUUAUGAAUUUUUUGUAAACAAAAAAAUCUAUUUUUGGGAAUUUUUUUUUUUUUUGUCAAUGAAGCUGAAGUGAAAAAUGUGUGUUCCCCCCACCUUUCACGUCAAAAUUACACCACUGACCCUAACCCACCAUAGUCCUAACCUUAACCCAUCCUAAACUGUCUUUAUCCCCAGCCCUAGUCCUAAACCUAACCAUAAAAACUUCCAUCCAUCCAUCCAUUUUCUGUACCGCUUAUCCUUACUAGGGUUGCGGGCAUGCUGGAGCCUAUCCCAGCUAACUGCGGGCAACCUGAACUGGUUGCCAGCCAAUCGCAGGGCACAUAGAAACGAACAACCAUUCUCACUCACAUUCACAGCAACGAGCAAUUUAGAGUCUUCAAUUAACCUACCAUGCAUGUUUUUUGAGAUGCGGGAGGAAACCGGACUACCCGGAGAAAACCCACGCAGGCACGGAGAGAACAUGCAAACUCCACCCAGGCGAGGCCGGGAUUUUGAACCCCGCUCCUCAGAACUGUGAGGCAGAUGCGCUAACCGGUUGCCCAUAAAAAAAACGUUUUUACAAAUGUAAUCCAUAUUUGGGAUGGUUCUCUCGUUACAACUGCAUAGCAUACCCUCCCCGCAAUGCAGGAGCCAAUCAUGUUGAAGCCGGGCGGGUCUUGCCAAGAAAGGGCGUGCGAUUCCUAAUAACACGUCAAUCUGUGAUAUGGUACAUUCCCUUUCCGGUUCUCGUUACUUGUAAUUUGCUUAUUCUUUUGUUCAUUUGUUUUCUGAAAUGUAAAUUUGUUUCGUGUUUUGUUCAUUUGUUUUCUGAAAUGUAAAUUUGUUUCGUGUUUUGGUAAUUUGUUUUCUGAAAUGUAAAUGUUUUGUUUUUCUGAAAUGCCAAUUUGUUUCAUCUUUUGUAAAAAAAAAAAAUAAUUCUGAAAGGUAAAAGAGUUUAAUUUUUUGUUAAUUUGUUUUCUGUUUCGUUUUUUUCUGAAAUGUUUCAGCUUUUGUUAAUUUGUUUUCUGAAAUGUAAAUUUGCUUCGUGUUUUGUUGUUUUCUGAGAUGUAAAUUUGCUUCAACUUUUGUUAAUUUGUUUUCUGAAACAUAGAAAUGUU